AUGCUUCCCAUGCAUAUGCAGCCGAAGACAACGUCAUCAAUUAACAACAGCCUAAGUCCAAGUGAAUCAGCAUUAUGGCGUUUCGAGACCACGUCCUUCGAGCCCACAACGCCUGAAACAUUCUUGGCGCUAGACCCGGCAGGUUUCUUAACGCACAAUCGAAACAAUGCAACCAAAGGAAGUUGCAUCUCUAGAUUUGGUCGAGCGCCAUCGACAAUAGCUAGGAACUGUUGGUCCAAGGGUGUGGAACCGUUGCGUGAGCCGUGUACUGACGAGAUUCCAUGGACAGACUUAGUCUUUUGGUUAGGUAAUCCAUCAACCGGUGAGGUCGUUUGCUCGUGUGCGCAAUGCAGUCGUCGAGCGAUGCAAAAUUGUAAAAGGAAUUUACUACGACAACAUCGAUACUUGCCCUAUGUGCCGCAGCAACAGCAGCAGCUACAACAGCGAGUUUCUUCGCGCGUACCAGUGAUUAAUCUACCACGGAUUGAAGGCGUUAAUUGA